AUGAAUCCUCUUGUUGUGGUAUCCGGAAGAGUUGCUUCCGCAGCACCUUUCAAAUGCAAAGAUAAUGGUUCUUUUGAAUCUGCCCAAGUGGAUCUUGAGCGCAAGUUGGUAGAUGGUUUCAUGAAUGGGUCUCUGAAUUUUCUAGCGAGACUAAAUCAGACUCCUUGGUACCUGGAAGACGGUACUGGUCGGGUAAAGGUGGUAGGAUUUGAAGAUGCGGUAGGAUUUUAUGAGGCUCUAAAAGAGUAUGUUGAUAUCUCGGAGAGUGAAGUAGUUGAAGUCUUGAAGAAGCUUGUUUCACCCAAUUAUUCAAUAGAAGAAGCCUCUAAGGUUUUUGAUGCAGAAGGCUCUAAGGUCCUCCAUGGAAGUGCUCUUAAUAUUGGGACUUCUCUGACUUUUGUUGGUGAGGCUGUUAGAGACAAAGCUGGUAAUCUCAUGAUCCAAGAACCUAAGGAACAUCCUUUUAUGGUCUUUAGUGGAGAAGGCUCCUUUGAUAAAAUGGUUGACAAGAUCAAGUCAGAUUCAGAGUACGGACAAACUCAUCAUGUUUCUGCAUGUUACUUAGAAGGUUUUAUAUUUUCUACUCCAAGGUUUUCGAUCGGAACGAUUACUGUGGCUGUAGCCGUCAUGUACGGUGUGGAUUUUAUAAGAAGGUGGAAGAAAAAGAAGUCUGGUAACAAGUGA